GCAAAACAUUUUCUUAUAAAAAAUGCGUCCAAUUUCCCCAGACAGAUCAAGACUCCAAAACCUGCUCCACGCACAGUCCAUCAAAAGCACAAAAAGUGAUUUUUAUUACAAGCUGAAUGCGCUCGUGGAUAAGAUCAAGAGUUAUAAUGAGACUUUUAAUGAAGACGCUAAGCCCAGAAGAAGGAAACCUCGCAAACGGAAAUCUUCUAUGGAACCCAUGCUCGUGAACGAUAGAAGCACUUUAUCAAAAGAAAAUCGAAAGCAAAGAAAGUACCUCCCAACGAUGAAGGCUAGAGGCAGCAGUAAUUUCUUCAAAAGAGGCAAUGUAAGGAAAUAAAAUCUGGUCAGGAUCAUAUAUCAACGAGCUUUAUCAAGGUUAUACUCCAGUUCGACAGAGGUCUACAACUGGAAUUCUUGAUAAAGUCUAUUUAAACCAGAUUAAUAGACACAGUUCCACAAAGAAUGUCUUAUUCGAAGACCAAAAGGCUGCUGUGCCUAUCCCCAGUAUCAAGCCAGCAGCAUUAAACUCUAUGAUGCCAAUUUCAAAAGACAAUGAAGGAUUAAUUAAGAACGCCUUCCCUCUUGAGAGUGUACAAGGCCCAGGAGGUUCCUUCAGGUUUAUUGACAGUGUUGAAAAGUCGCCUAUAAACGAAGCCUUGUCAGAAUCUUCAAUUUGUUCAGAGAAAAUAGGUGAUAAGAGGCAACUUUAAAACAUAUUGACUCAAUAGAAAGGAAAGAGUGCCAAGGAGUUCCUACCAGCGCUGGAAAGUCAAGUACGACCAGAAUUUACGAGUCAAUAAGAUUAAAGAACAGUUUUUUAAGGAAAAUGAAGAUGAGCUUUUGCAUAACAAAUCCAAGACCAGAUUUUUCGAUAAGAAUAGACUUACGAGAUUGGCCCAACCACGGAAAUAUCGCAAAUUAAAGAUCAAGAGAAACCGUAGACGGUUUAAUAUUAGCCAAGAUGUGAGACAAGAUUUUCCAGAGAUUUCAGGCAUUAGGUCGAAAGUUGAGCUUAAAGAUACUAUUGUAAAUGCUCAGAAAGCUCAAAUCUUUGGAUGAAACUCAAUGCUCGACUACUGUUUGGAGAAAAUGAAGAAGUCUGAGAAGGCUCCAGACAAAAAGUUAAAGAGGAAGAUAAAAUUCUUCACCAAGAUAAAGAAAAGACUUGGCUCUAAAGUAGUAGCAAAGAUCUGUCCAAGACCGCUUGAUUUAUUAAGCUCUGGGAGUAACUUUGUCAGCAGAAGGAGAUCAGCACAGUAA